CUAUUCACCAUUCCUCCACCUCCUUGUCAACAACUCACGAGCAUCCUUGACGAAACAUUUCUAACCCAGCCGAGAUCACAGGAGUAUCAUGAGAUCUACAAUCUUCCUAUUAUUGGCGUUUUAUCUAAUCAGCUGUGCAUUAGCUGAAACACAGUAUGAUGAUGAUGAAUAUGUGGAGGAACCAGAACCAGUAGUUACUCAAGCACCUGCAAAACCUGCAAGCAGAUUAGGAAGUCUACUGUCUCCGCGUGGAAGAACUCCAAUUGGUCGUAAACCUUCAACAACAACAACCACUACACUUAAACCAGUUGAACAAGAUGUCGAAGAAGAGGGUGAAGAUGGCGAUGAAUCAGCUGAUGAAAAUGCCGAACAAGAAGAAACCCUAACCACUACAACAGAGCCAUCAAAAAAACUUCGGGCUGGAGGUAUCAUGAGAUCAUUCAGAACGAAUGAAGAUCUUCUAGCUGCUUUAAAAAGACGACGAGCUCAAGCUGGUACUUAUAAAGAAACGACGACACAUUCAUCAGUUGAAUCUACUACAAAAUCAAAGGCAUCAAAUGGAAGAAAUAAAAGUAAUUCCAACAGUGAGUCCUCAUCUAGACCAGGAACUCGUGGGAGAUUUGGAAACAGUAGUAGAGGUAAAGCUCAAGAUCAAACUGAUGAAACUCAGCAGGAUGAAGUUCAAGUAAAAAAUAAAUCAUAUCACAGAGGAUGAUUAAUUAUGGUAUUAAAAAAUAAGUUCUAAUAAAUUUAAUUGCUUAAUAGAUUAUCAAAAUAUAUAUAUAUAUAUAUAUAUAUAUAUAUAAUUUUUUUUUUCAUAUAAUACAUUCAUCAUUUAAAGCAGCAAGCUUUUAAUAACAAUUUUGUUUAUCAUAAUUUUUGAGCAAUUUAUUGUCUCCUCACAACAAAUUUAAAUGUGAUAACUAUACCCGAGAUAAUAGAAAAUAUGAAUA